AUGCGUGUGUGGGCCAGCGCACCCCAGCGGGCGCGGUCGGAGUUGGGGCGGGGUGUAUCGAUCAGGGGCGGGCGCUUGCGCUGCGGCCGCGGGUGCAGACGGCGUCGGUGGGCCUCGAAACUACACUCAGUUUCACCCGCGCAGUCCGCAGCUGGCCGCCAGGCAAGCUACUGCCUCCAUCGCCGGCUUGGAUCGCGAACACCGCAACAUUUGACAUUUCAGUCGCAGCGCAUGACAACAUACAAUCACAAGCUGUCUAAGGAAUUGCUCCAGUUACUCCAGAACUGA